AUGAUUUGGAAUAAACGUCCAUAUCUUGGAAAAUUAGUUAGAUUAGAUAACCAUAAUUACCAUUUUACUAACAAUUUAAAAAAAGAUGUUGAUUUACCAGAUUUUCAUUCUAAUGAUUUAGAUUCUAUUCAACCUGUACGCCGAGAUUUUGUAUUUGUAAUAUGUACCAUAAAAGGUUUACUUUUUAAUGAAUCAACAAAAUGUAAAGAAAGAUUUGUAGUUUUUACAAAAUCAGGUUUAUUAUUAAUAUAUAAAAGUAACAAUCAAGGAAUCUUAGUAAAUAUUAAACAUGCAAAAUCAUUAAAAUUUGACCGAUUUACAAUAACAUUUAGUGGAGAAAAAACAAAAUUUCAUGGUAUUACAUUAAAUUACAACUUUGGAAAGAUAAGUUUAUUACUUAAUCAAAAUCAAAGAAGUAGUUUUUGUCAAGAUUUGAUGGCCUUAUAUCAUGAACCAUUACAUAAUAUAAAUUUAAACAAUACUGUAAUCAGUUGUGAAAAUAAUAAUAAAAAAAAUGAUGAAUUAGUGAAAUAUAAUAAUAAUGAUAUAAAAUGUGAAUUUUUUGAUAAAAGUAGUUUGUUAACAAUGGAUUCAUUUGUUGAUGGUUACAAAUUAACAUCUACUCCAAUUAAUAAUAAUGAUAAUUCAAAAAAUAAUACUAUUAAUAUACAUAUAAUGAUUGUCUAA